AUGUCUCAACAACAAACAUCUGCUGUUGCCAAUGGAAAGGUCUACAAGAGUGCCGUCAUUCCAGCUCCUCUCGAAUCAGUGUGGUCACUCGUUCGAUCUUUUAACGGUCUUCCUUCAUGGUCUGGUGGUGUUAUUGCUAGUGAGAUUGAAAACAAUCAAUCAGACAAUACGAUUGGAUGCAUUCGAAGAUUGACCAUUGAAGGCAGCGACAUUCCUUUCCGCGAAACAUUGUUGGCAUUUGAUGAGAGAAAUCAUUCCUAUUCGUAUGAUAUUGUGACCAGUAGUUUACCCAUCACUGGAUACUAUGCCACUGUGAGCUUGAAACCAGUGACCGAUGAAAACAAAACAUUUGCUGAAUGGUCGACAGAAUUUUACACACAACCUGAACAUCUCGAAAAUUGUGUGAAAAUUGUGGAAGGUAUUUUCAGCGGAGGGCUUGAAUCACUCAAAAAGAAAUUUGCAAAAUAA